CAGCGCACCAAGAGGAAGUGGCCGUGUUGUGGCGGAAGUAGAUGCUUUGUGGGGGCCGCCGGCGCUGAAAGGAACGUGGCCGGCAAAGAUGAUUCAAGCGAUUCUGGUUUUCAACAACCACGGGAAGCCGCGGCUGGUCCGCUUCUACCAGCGUUUCCCAGAAGAAAUUCAACAGCAGAUUGUCCGAGAGACCUUCCACCUAGUUCUCAAGCGAGAUGACAACAUCUGUAACUUCUUGGAAGGUGGAAGUUUGAUUGGUGGCUCCGACUACAAACUGAUCUAUCGGCACUAUGCUACACUGUACUUUGUGUUUUGUGUGGAUUCAUCCGAGAGUGAACUUGGAAUCUUGGACCUCAUCCAGGUUUUUGUGGAGACCCUGGAUAAGUGUUUUGAAAAUGUUUGUGAGUUGGAUUUGAUCUUCCAUAUGGAUAAGGUGCACUACAUCCUUCAGGAGGUGGUGAUGGGUGGGAUGGUGUUGGAAACCAACAUGAAUGAAAUCGUGGCUCAGAUCGAAGCUCAAAACAGGCUGGAGAAAUCCGAGGGUGGCCUGUCAGCAGCCCCCGCCCGGGCCGUGUCCGCUGUGAAAAACAUCAAUCUGCCGGAGAUUCCUCGGAACAUCAACAUUGGUGAUCUCAACAUCAAAGUCCCCAACCUGUCCCAGUUUGUCUGAGGGUCCACGACUACUGAACUGGAGCCCUUGAAACCAGCCAAGCCAGUCCUGCCACAGAACGCACUCUGAGCCUUGGAAGGGUCGAGCCCCGGGCCCUGACCCUGGCUGCCGUGGAGUCGGGGGUUGGGGGGAGCCCUGGGUUCACCGCUAGCAUGUGCUCGGUUCUCACCUGUGCCGACUUGCCGGCCUCUGAUACGUGUAGCCACCACAGACGUGAGGGGGGCCCCUGGCCUCCGUGGGGUCAGCGUGCCCCAGCCACUCGUACCUUUACCUCCCGCAUGUAGCCGCUUCCAGGGACUGGGCGCUGUACUGGGGCCCUCCUGCUUCCUAGAACCCGCCACCAGGAUAUUGUCUGACGAGAGUCUUUCUCCUUAGUACCACGAGGCUUCCGCGGUCCUAUAGCGUUCACUUUUGCUGGUGAGAUGCCAUAGCUAGUGAAGGGCCGACCCUUAGGGGAUGCGGUGAGUGGCAGAGAAGGGCAGAGUUUUAUGAGAACCCAGAGUUGCCUUCUGGCUGUACUGUGUAGGCAAGCUUGCUGGUUACCCCGCCCCCAGAACACGUCCCCCACCGCCACAGUCCUUGCACAGGGCGCCAUCCAAACCACGAACCUGGUGCAUGCUGAUAGGGAGAACACCCCCUUCCCCACGGCCAUGUCUCCGGCACAGCCCGAGGGUCCCUUAGCAAAGGGGAGAGGCCCGUGUCUGUGGAAGGUAAAGCUGACAACAUGUGAAACGUCUCAGAACUAUGACUCUUUCCAGGUCUAAAAUACAUUCUUCUGAUGAGCAGACGGUCAGUUGCUGUGUUAGAAGUGACGGGUUUUCUCCAUACGGGAAAGCCACUGCUGCCUGCACCAGCCUGUGGAGCAUGAGAGCUGGGAUCACUGGUUCUAGAACGGGCACUGGGAAGACUGGGGACACGGGAAGUGUGCUGACUGAGACCCGUGGCUCUGCGGUGUCUUGUCCCCACUGUGGAAGGAGCCCCUCCCUGUUCCCCCCAGGUGACAUCCUCCCACGGUUGGCUUCGGAAACUUGUAAAUGUUUACGUGUGAUGAGUGUCUUUCUGUGGUUAACGUGGAGCUAAAACUGCUCCUCCUAGUAGUGCCUCUUGCCGCGCUGCCCCCGGGUUAGGGAGCUCCCUGCAUCACCACGGUGACAUCUCCCAGCCAGGGGGCUUCCCGUGCCUGCCGGCGGGGGGGCCCCGGACCGCUCCAAUGUCCUGCUGCUGCUGCAGAGCCCGUCUGAGAUGGUGCCCCCGCCCCCCCCCGCCCCCAGGACCGCGGUGCUCCCGUGCUUGGUGCCCUCUGCUCCCCACAGCCUCCUGUGCUCACUCGGGCAGACCCUCCCCGGUAGCCUCCGGGACGGGCGGUCGAUCAGAAGGAGGCCCUCUGUCCAAAGAGGGAGAGGAAGGUCUGAUAGCAUUCUUUUGAAGGGUUUGGGAUUUCUGUAACAGACGCUUCAGCACGUCCGUGUCCCUCUCUCACAUUUGCUAAGUGUGGAAUAAGAAAGGAGGAGCACGGAUGUGAGGCGGUGUGAGCAGGACCUUCCCACAGGCCUUACAGCCUUACUGCAGGCAUCAUCGUCCCCAUUCCGCAGGGACAGUAAGAGACAGGUCGAGUAACCUGCUUUGUGUCACACGGGGCUGAGAAUUGAGACUUGCCUAAGUCCAAAGUCCAUUUUCUUUCACUGCUCAAGACGGCUGCUUCCAAUGUUAUCCUCUUUGUUCUAGAUAAGGAAACUGAGUCCCAGAGAGGUUAGUAGCCUCUCACAAACCCUGAUGAAACCAAACCUGGUUUGCUAAGGGGGCCAGUGACGACGUCCUCAGAGGGCGAAAGCUGGAGGCUUUCGGAGAGCUGAUGAGCAGCCCAGAGUAUUAAGUGUUGUGCUGAGGGUCGUGAAGCUAGAACCUGGUCAUUUCUCUGGAGUUUACGUAUUUGUGUUGUGGUUUAAUGCAUCAGUGCAGGGCACCUGUCUGGCCCGGAUUUCCCAGGACAGCCUUCGAAUGUCUACCUGUCAGAAACCGAUGUUUUCUGGUUUCAGCUCUCCUCCCACAGACCACUGACUGGUCCCGGAGACUCCAACCAGUGAGCAUCCCAUCCUUACCCCCUGAAGCUGCCUCUAAAAAAAUGGCCUGAAACUUCAGCCUGGUUUUUUAUUUGCAAAAGUCCAUCCCUUGGACAAGCCACGGUAAUCGUUCGUUAGCCACUCGAGGUUGUCUGCAAAUCCAGCUAGCUCUCUUGGCGUGCUUCGAGCAAAGCCAUAAACUUUUUUUGUUGUUGUUUUAAUAAGAGGAAAUCGUAUGCUGUUUUUGAAGAAAGAUACAGAUACUGCAGCUGAGAGAUUCAGUUAGGAAAAUAGGGACUGGGCCUAAAUUUGAGAGUCCUUGGUCCUGGAUGAUUGAUGCUGAGGGUUUCCUGAAGUGGAACAGAAUACUGGGUUUCCAGGGCUCACGGCCCGUAAUUAAAACCAAAAAUUCUGUUGCGCAGUUUGUAAGCGCCUGGUGCGUGCCAGGCUCAGUCCUAGGCACCAAAGACGGAGAGAUCUGAGGCUCAGCUCCCGCCGUUGUCUCCGCCGAGGACCCCGGAGUGCCCAGAUUGAGCGACUGGAAGCCUGAAUCUGUAGUGGCCGGAGUUGGUGGCUGUUCUGUGGAAUAGUUAAAGGACAAGAACCCAUUUGCCACCCCCGGCAGCCUCCGUCGUGCCCCGCUGGGCCGUGCUCCAAACAGCCCUUGUGCAAGCUGCUGUAACAAAAAGACUGGCUGGUGGCUUAACAUUUCUCACAGUUCUGCAGUCUGAGCAAGAUCGAGGUGCCAGCAGAUUUGAUGUCUCUGAGAACCUGCUUCCUGUUUCGCAGGCUGCCAUCUUGCUCUGUCCUCACAUGGCGGAGAGAGAAGGCUCUUUGCUCUUCAUCCCCUUAUAAGGGUGCCAGUCCCACCAUGGGGGCUCCACCCCACGACCCCAUCCAAAUCUAAUCACCUCCCAAAGGCGCCCCCCCCCCCCCCCGCCCCAGAUACCAUCCCACUGGGGAUUAGAUUUCAACGUAGGAAUCUGAAGGACGCACACAUUCACCCACAGGUCACCUUAUUAUCUGCCUGUCCUCUUGGCCUACACGGCCGUGUGCUUGUCCCAUGAGGAUUAAUUCGGGAUCUCUUGAGGCUUCUCAAGCCCCUGUUAUUCAGGCCUCCGCCCCUUACAAAGCCGGCCCUUCCUCGCCGCCACCUCCACGGAGCCACACUAGCGAAGCGCUCUCUGGCCCCAGCUCCACCCAAAACCACGGGAGCGCGCCGGCUAAAUCCUGUCUGGUGGACCGGUCUUUAGUAGGGCGUUUCCUUCGUGUAGCCGUCCGUCCGUGGCUUUCCAAAUAGGAUGCAUCAGUGGCGCCUGAUGAUAAAAAUCGGGGUGAACGUGACAGCCCAGAUGGAGCGCCACUUACGAAUGAGAGACCGGGGCGAUGUCGGCUCCCAGCGAGGACCCUGCUCUUCAGCCUUCCCUGUCCUCUACCCGGUCUCCUAGGGGCACCUGUCUCGCUGCGCUGAGGACCCUGCUCACGUGGCUUUGCCCUCUCGGGAGUGCGGCAGGGCUCCCGUCUGCUCUGACCUGGCAGCGGCUGCCAGAGAUGCAGACAGGCCCUCUCUAGGGAAAUAGUUCCACGAGAAUAAUUAAUCUUUUCCAAAAGACUGGGUACGUUCUUUCCUAUUCAACGAGUUAAUGUUUUAAAAAGGAAGUACGUUCAUGUAGUUCAAAAUGUAAGAUAACAGAAGCCUGUUCAGCCAGAUUCCCACCGUGUUCCCACAGACCACCAAGUCACCCCCCGACCCCGUGGCAACAAGUGUUUCCAGUUGAAAGGAUUAAGAAAUAAAGUCCCUGGGUUUUUAUUACCAAA